UUGCACUGCGUACCGACUUCUGCACGCACACGAGCGCGGAGCCGCUCUCACAAACACAUUUUCUUAUCCAGUUUUGUAACGGACAGCCGGUCGUACCAUUGGAAUCCACAUUGUUUUGCCAUUUGCCUUUGCCAUAGCGCGUUUUCAAAUUUUUCGUGUUCGAUCCAACACGUUUUUAUUAUUAUUGUUUACUUGUUACUUUUUCAGUACUCAUUAGUUCAAAGUUAUAACGACAUUUUUUUUUCUGUUGAACUUGACCGAUAGAAACUUGUUUCAAUUGUUUUUAUAAUUAUUAAAGUAUUGUUCACUGUGGUUUUUCGGUAUCCACGUAACUCACUUCCUAACGACAAAAAAAAAACAGAAUGGAGACACCGAAAAAAUCGCAGCCAUCGCAUCGCGACGUAAACGAAAAAUAUGACGCUACGACUUCCAGUCCGCUUAAAGCCUUGCCCAGUCCUAGAACACCUGUCCGUUCCACGUUCUAUGACAGUGAUGACGAUGAAUCAGACGAAAUGGAAAGCCCUAAGUUUCCACAUCUUAUUCCAAUUUAUAGAAGAACUCCUGAUGAAUAUGAUUUAGGAGGUGUGCGUAUUGGUUGGGACGAUGGAUAUGGCAGUGUGUGUUAUCAAGACGAUGAUUAUGUUUCUGAAAGGAGGUCGAGAAGGAAUAAAAAAAAUAGAUUAUUUUCUGAACGUCAUCAUCGAUCUUUCUUCAGAUCAAACCACUGUAAUUCAUCAAACCCUGAAUCACCUUCUCCGAGGAGUUGUUCAGAUGCAAAUAAUACUGCUAUACAGGAAGAGCUGAAUAAUUAUCUCGAAUGUAUUUUGAAUUGUCUCAGUGCCAAAAAGAAAAAUCGACAGUUAAUGAAAGCAAAAAUGGAGGCUAGUGCUUCUGCAAACAGUUUGACAGAAAAUAAUAAUGUUAGUUGUUUAUUGGAUGACUCUGCUGAUGAUGAGAUGAUGAUGUUGUGUAGUCAAGCUAUUGAACAAAAAAUAGCUGCUGAUGCUAAUAAUACUAAUAAUACCUUGAAUAAACCUACAAAAUUGAUUGUCUCACAUUCUUUGUCAAUUAAUGGUAUAAGCCCAUUGAAAGAUACCAAUAAUACAACAAAUAAUAAUGUAUAUCACCAUGUUGCCAAAAAGUUCAAACCAGUACACAGCAAACUCUUUGGCGAGGAACCGAAGAGCAAUUAUAAAUCACAGUGUCACACAUUAACUUCUGCUACUGUGAACAAAUCUGAAAAUGAUAGCUCAUCUUCAGCCAUUAGCACUGUUACUAAUUCUAAGAAAGAUGAUUCCUCGUCAUCAUUGUCGGAUGACACUUUAGCCAAAGAAGAUGAGUUCUUUAUGGGCAUUGAUUUUUUGGAAAUCGAGCAGCAAAUUAUGAAUGACGCUAAAAAAACUUCUUCUGUAUCAGCAACUCAAAAUUGUUAUAAGCAGCCUAACACAAAUGUUGGCAAACCAUUAGAAAAAAAACCAGCUUUAAGCAACUAUGCUUCUACCAGUAGUUCAAGUUCUAAUUCAGUACUUUGGCGCAGAUCUACUUCAUCAUCGUCAAUUGUUAGCAAGCAGCAACAAUCAAUACAACAACCUAAACAAUUCAGCAGUGUUGUUGGGACAGUAAAUAACUCCAGCAUUAGUAGUGGUAAUGAAAAAGCUACAACCUCAACUACUACCAGAUAUUGCACACCAGCUGAAAUAGAAGCAAAGCGAGAUCGUGCUCGACGUACACUUCUACUUAAGUUUAAAUCAAAAAAUAGAAGUGUUUCAUAAAUUACUUUUAGUAUUUGAAAAUGUACACUACUUUUCAUUAAAUAUAUAAUAUCUUUUUGUCUA